GCCUACUCGGUGCCAUGUAGAAACUUCCGGUUGUGAACCGUCCAAUCGGAGUGUUCGGUACAAAAUUUAAAUCGAACAACAGUGCGCUUGGUAUAUUGAAUUUUAAAUGUAUAACUGUUUAUAUGUUAUCGAAUUGGUUUUGUGCCAUGGAAACUUUGGGAUCUUUGAAUGAAUACGUUUUGAAAGUGAUUACUAACUGUUGAUUUUAAAAUAUUCAGAAGAUUUUUAAAAUGGAUAAUCUUACAGAAGAUCUUGGUUUUAUAACCGAAGAGCAGCUCGAUUUCACCUUCGGGUCUCCGGUUUCGGACAGUAGUGAGCAGGCAAGCCAGGAGGUGGAGGAAGAGGUUUUCGUGGGGGCUGUGAAACACGUGGAGCGCUGCGUGGCCAAGAGCCUUGACUUCAAUGCCCGGGAAGGUGUUGGCAGGGCCUCACCUGGACCGCCUCACUGGACCCCAUUAAGCACGGAAAAGUUCGAAGAGGUCUGCCGGGAAGCUAACCGCCUCGCUCGGCAGCUAGAGAAAUUGGCGUUAAAGGAAAACCUGGAGCAGUCACCCUUAGUCACAGCCCUCAUAAGGGCGCAGGAACCACGCCGGAGCCCUCGGCGGGAAACCUAUGUGGUGAAGGACAGCCCUGUUCGGCUGCUUCUGCCAGAUGUCAGCUUGGAGGGCAUCUCGUUACUCUCCCUGAAUGGAGAGGAGGGCUCGGCAUCUCCUAGCUCUCCCGUCAACGACAUUUCGGAUACUACCGCUAAACGUAAAAUCACACCCAAAGUGUGCAAGACCACACCAGCUGUGCGCAGUGUUACACAUGUGGCAAGUGAGGUAAAACCGACUGGCAAGACAGCACCUGCCACAAAGAAGAACACGCCCACGGCACAUGCAAGCAAGGGCACACCCAAAAGAGGCUCCCCAGCCACUUCCCCUAAAAAGGAGGUGAAAAGCAGGGCGAAAGCCAGCGACGGCCAGGCUGUGCUUGUUACUUCCCUCCACAGACAGUGCAUGAAGCCUGGGCAGGGGAUAGGAAGAGGCCAACGCAGUAAUGGCUCCUCUGCUGCUCUGCAUCCUGGGAGUGGCUCACAAGAUGGGGCUGCUGCAGCAAUCAGGCCCUCCCUGACCCACAGGACUCUUGGGGCCAAACAAAAUCUCAAGGCUGUCUGCAAUUCUUCCUACCCUGUGGCUUCCACCUCGCAAGUCUCCAGCAUGGGAGGACCUGCUGCAAGUGCAAAUAUAAAGACGAAACCACUAGCCAGGAGCUUCUCAGGUACACAGGCUACACAUGCAGGCCCUGCCCAUGUGACCAAGCCCAGCCAAGGUCCCAAGCACCAGACAACCUCCACAGCCUACCCCAGACCAGUGCUGGGCUGGUCUGUACCCAAGGGUAGGUCACUGGCCUCAGAUACAGGGGUGUCUCGCCUCCCAGUGUACCACGGUGUCCCAGUAGCUCAACUCCGCUCCAGCCAGAGUGUCUCCCGAGUUGAUGGCACAGGACACAAGAAAGGGGCAGAGAAAGUCUCCCAGUGAGAGCACCAAGGCAGUGGCUCCUCCUGCAUGCAGUGCCCUCACAUCUUUUUACUAGAGUGCCACUUUCAGGGGCUGCAGAGCUUCUUGAAGCCCAGCAGCCAAUCAGAAUUUACACAGGGAUCGGCGAGAACAAACUAGGCAAAAAAGCACAACAAAAGUGGGGGAUAAAUGUACAGGACCAGUCAAAACUAAGCUUUACAAUGAGAAAAAAACAUGUGAUUAAUUUUUUAUUAAAAAAACAAAAUAUGCGUUUGCAUUCCAAAUAGCUUUUCUGUUUAUUAAGUAUAAUCCAAUACUUGUUAUAUUAUGCUGAUUGCCUGUUUUUGUAAUCACUCUAAUAAUCAAAGCACUUGCAUGUGUUGGAAUGCUUUCAUUUAGCCUCAAACGUAUGGAAGGUGUUUUGUGACAAUAUUCAAUGAAUACAUAUAUCAUUUAAAGGAUUAUUUAAACUGCAUUUUAAAUUAUACCAGCAACCAUUAAAAUAAUCUGUCAAAGUCACCUAUCAAACUGAGUGGGGGAGCUCUAAAUAAAACCUAAUAUCUGAAUGGUUAUAUUCCAAACUCAAAGUCACAAGAGCUCGAUCUCGCCUAAUCGAUCGAAUUAUCAUUUAUAACCAUGUUUUGUCUGUUCUGUCCUGGGGCUGUAUUACAUCCUAACUUCCAAAAUCUUAAACUCAUCUAACUUUAGCAUGACAGUUAAGUUGUUCUAACUUACACUUGCCACCACACAUUGUUAGCUGUAGCUAAACCUAUUUAAUCCAUAUGGCUGUUCUUUUAUACAAGCAACGAAAUGUGCAGAACCCUGCUCGGACCCCCGCUCAUGCCAUAACGAUAAAAAGGAUGUGCAAUCGUGGCCAUGUUUUAAUAUAUUGUGGGGAUGCAUUACAGUUGUGCCCCCGUAUCCGCAGUUUGCCUCAGUCCGAAAAAAAUGUUAAAUGUGUAACAGUAUGUUUUUUCAUAAUUCAUUCUUCCUUUGAUAGGUAUAAAAUGCAUGAUUUUGUCGUGUUGUUGUUUUUUUGUUUUUUUUUUAAAGGGUAGAAUCACUUGUCUAUCCUCAUUUGUGGUGACGUUACUCUCCUGCCAAUGUCGCUUAUAUUAUGUAGUAAAAAAAACAACAGCGGAAAAUUUGUGAACAUAAAUGUGCAAUUUGAAACUGUAACAAAGACAUUUUAAUGCAUGAGUCACGAUACCAACUGCUCACACUUUAUGGGUCUAGAGGUAAUUCAACAGUCCCCCAGAGGAGGAGAUCAGAACAACUGUCUACUUAAAGGAUGGAUCUUAAUAUGGCCUCAGGACUGAGAAGACAAAAAUGAGAAUUUUUAUAUAAAUUAAGAAUUCAUAAGGGAGAAUUCAAACGACGAUCGAUCUCUUGUGAAGUUUGCAAUGCAAGCAGUUAUAUUUGGUUUUGUUUAGAGUCUCUCCCCUGAGUUUAAUGGGUGACUUUCACAGAUAAUUUUACAUUUUUUAUUAUUUAUAACAAUUUAAACAAUAUAAUCAUUUAGAUACAUACAAUCAUUUAGAUAACUAUUGAAUAUUUCGUAAAACAUUCUCCAUAUGAAAUGUUACUUUCUAUAAUGCUAAUUACAUAUUUUGUGUUUCCUGUUGGCCUUUGGCUGCUGUCUGCAUACUGUAUAUUGCCCUACUCACUACAGGUGUAGUGAUUCAUUAAGCAUUUGCACCAGCGUGAAAUGUCCACCUGAAUUUUUAAUAUGGAUUUUUUUCAAGGCAGCUGGUGCAGAUUCUUGAUCAGUUGAGCUGUAAGGGCAAUAAAAGCCUUGUGUGACACACAUUUUACUUUCACUUUUGCUGUCAGUAAUCCAGGCCUUUCUACAUGUUCCCAAUGACAUAUUUUUGUGCCCAUUAUCCAUCAGAGAAUUAGAUGAUUCCGAUGAUGUAUUUUUAUGUGGACCAGGUGCAAAGUGACACUGAAAAUGUCUGAAGCAGAAACAAACUGGACCCAAAAUGUAUAUAACAUCUUCCUUGUCUGUUUUUGAUAAUACAUUUAAAUUUUUUAACUCA